AUGUACUUCGUCAUUGCGAAUAGGUUACUCAAAAAAUUCGAGUACGUCGACAUAAAACAUGUUCCUAGAAUAAAAAACCAAGAGGCUAAUGACUUAGCACAAAUAACCUCAGGGUAUAGAAUUUCAAAAGAAAAGCUAGAAGAGCUUGUCGAAGUAAGAGGAAAGGCAAUGACCGCCAGAUUAUCUCCAACGGAUUUGGAAAGCACCCACUUAGGAUAUGCUAACAAAGAGGAGUUUGAAGUACUGGCCAUUGAUACCUUGAUAGAUAUAGACUGGAGGAAUCCAAUUAUUAAUUAUCUCAAGGACCCUUCGACAGACACGGAAAGAAAAACCAAGUACAGGGCUCUAUCUUAUAUAUUGAUAGGGAAUGAAUUAUUCAAGAAAACCCCUGAAGGGAUCCUGUUGAAAUGCUUAGGAGAAAGAGAAGCUUACUUGGAAUUAUCCAGUGUACACAGUGGAGCUUGUGGAGCACAUCAGGCAGGCCAUAAGAUGAAAUGGUUGCUUUUCAGAUAUGGAAUGUAUUGGCCCACCAUGUUAAAAGAUUGUAUAGAGUUUGCUAAGGGUUGCCAGGAAUGUCAAGUACACACAGGAAUUCAACAUGCUCCUGCAAGCGAACUUCAUACGAUUAUUAAGCCUUGGCCCUUCAGAGGUUGGGCAUUAGAUCUAAUUGGUGAGAUUAUACCCCAUUCAUCCAAAGGUCAAAGAUACAUACUUGUAGGAAAUGACUAUUUCACUAAAUGGGUCGAAGUAGUACCUCUAGUAAAUGUGGACCAAGAGAUUGUUAUCGAAUUCAUUCAAAGACAAAUUUUAUACAGAUUUGGAAUCCCAGAAAGUAUAACAACAAAUCAAGGAUCAGUCUUUACUGGUCGAAAGAUGCAAGAAUUUGCGAAGGAAAUAGGGUUCAAAUUAUUAACAUCCACACCCUAUUAUGCUCAAGCCAAUGGGCAAGUUGAAGCAGCCAACAAAGUGAUAAUUGGGCUAAUAAAAAAGCAUGUAGGGAAAAAGCCAAAAAAUUGGCACAAAACUUUAGACCAAGCACUCUGGGCUUGUCGAACCUCCCCUAAAGAAGCCACCAACACUACACCUUUCCAGCUUACAUUUGCACAUGAUGCAGUACUACCUGUCGAAGUCUACUUACAAUCAGUGAGAAUCCAAAGAGAAGGAGAAAUCCCAUCUGAUUUAUACUGGGAAAUGAUGAUAAAUGAGCUGGUGGAUUUGGACGAAGAAAGGUUACAUGCGUUAGAAGUAUUAAGAAGACAGAAGGAGAGGGUAGCGAGGGCAUACAAUAAGAGGGUCAAAGGUAAAACUUUUACUACGAGUGUUUUAGUAUGGAAAGUCAUAUUGCCUAUGGAUCGAAAGAAUAAGGCAUUAGGAAAAUGGUCUCCACAUUGGGAAGGACUAGCAGAGGAUCGAAGGAUCCUAAAAGUAAAUGGAAAAUACUUAAAGAGGUAUAAACCAUUUAUGCACGAAGUUAGAAUCAUAACAGCAUAG